AUGUCCAAAACCGGCAUUGGAAACAGGCCUUAUCGCUCCCACAAGGUCAGAGCUUGCGAUACGUGUCGAAAACGCAAGGCGCGAUGCACAGUGGACAUUCCACAUCAACCAUGUAUUACAUGUCGUGUGCAAGGCACCAAUUGCCUAUAUGAGGAUUCGUUCCGAGGCGAACAUCUCAAGCGACCGUCGAUUCACAAAGUGACCGAGACAUUACAAAGUCCAGCGGUGGCUAAGAGAGACUCCAAGGCCCGGACUCUAUGGAAUCGUGAACUCGACUCUAUCUUUAUGAUAGGUCCCAUGGAAGCAGAAGACGCGCAUGUCAUCGAUGCCUACAUCUCCCAGGAAAAUUCUGAUGGCAUCACGAACGGUUUGAGCACUAUAUAUCCAAGCAUACCAAACAGCCCUGCGCUUGAUGCCACUGUGCCCCCGAAACCGCACGGUGGACGGGUGAGAGGACCACCCGGGGAGGCACAGCGAGACACACUACAGCACAUUAUUGGUCCAAUACGACAUGACUUGGUCAGGCUAUUUGUCAAGCAAUUUAAUGCUGCAUUCCCGUGCAUUGAGAUACGAUCAUUCUGGAAUAGUUAUAUUGCAGAUCGUACGAACGGUCCGUCUUCAUCACUUCUAUGCCAAAUAUACUCGGCAUCAUUGCAGUAUUGGAAGUACAUUCCGGGAUUAUCUGGCCGUCCCAAGCCUGAAGCCUUGUAUGUAUUCAAGCUGUCCACGGAUGCUUUGGAUGAAGAUUUUACAGAGCCUGGUAUAUCCACGAUCAAUGCAGCAUUGGUCAAUCUCGCCGUUGGGCCGAUUCACUCUGUAUCGAACCGUGCCAUCACCUGUGGUCGUAUGGUAUCUCUGGCUUACUGCCUAGGAUUGAACGCCGAUCCUAUAAGUUGGAACAUCUCUGAAGACGAGAGAGACCAAAGAAUCAGACUUUGGUGGUGUCUUUUAAUCCACGAUCACUGGGGAAGCCUUGCAUAUGGAGUACCUCCACACAUAUCGAAGGGGCAAUACGACGUACCCAUUCCGAUGUCACAGAGCCUAUCUUGGAAAGAUCCCAUGGAAUCAGGAGAUCUUGCAAGUACCGACUGCUUUAUUUCACUCUGCCGUCUCACAGAGAUAUUGGGAGGUAUAUUGCCUUUUAUAUUUGAGAAAGUACCAAGAACGACAAUGCUCUAUGAUUUAAAAAGACUGAGACAGAUUUUGGUAGACUUGGACAUCUGGGAAGAUUCAUUGCCCACGUCAAUCAAACCGAAUGAGUGUCUUGGUUAUGGGUCGCAUCAAACUAUUGGGUUGAACAAUUUGCGCUUAGCAUUUCUUUACACGAAAAUGCUUGUUUACCGAUUGCAAUUCAAUGUGAGUGUACUCUGGCUUGCGGGUCGUGAGAGCAAAAGUUGA